GAGGUCGGUCAUUCUCUCGGGCUGUCGCACUCGCUCACGCACGAAUCCGUCAUGUACCCGUACAUCAACCCUAACGCCACCCGGUCGCCGGGCCUACAUGCCGAAGACGUGGCCAGGGUGCGCAAACUCUACCCGUUCCCGCUCUGUGAGGUGUACGGCGCAGACGACGCGACCGUCCAGCGUCUCUUCCGCUUUCUCAGCUCCCGCCGCCGCGCCGAGCCGCUGCUGCACAGCGCCACCCCGCGGCGCACCGCCGCAACAGCAGCGCCCCCGCACGGCAACGCGCGGCCGAUGUUCGGCGGCGGGUUCGCGUUCCCGCCCGUGCCACGUCGCAACAGCAGUCUACUACGCGGGACGCAGGCGAGCCGCACCAUGCUGAUGCAGCACACGAGCAAUGGCGGCGUCGUCAGGGACGCGGCGACCGUGUUGCUACGCGAGGACGCCCCGCAUCUCGGCCGAGCAGACGAAGGAGAGCCACGUGGUUCUAGCGUAGACUGGAACGGCGGUAGGUUGCGGACGGAGGCGCGAGCGCUGAGAGAGGAAGACCGUGUCUUGAGCGGGGAGGUGGGCCGAAGGACGAGAGGGGAGACGGUCUCCUUGCGACCGGAGAAGACAUUCUUCUCGUUUCUCUUUGGUGCGGGAGAGAAGAAGUGAGGCGCGCUGAGCGUGAGCGAGCAAGAGAGAGACAGAGAGAGAGAGAGAG